GACGAGUGCAGCGAGGACGGAGCUCUGACUGAAGACGCCUCGGACGUCUCCAGUUUGGCCUCCAAACCAACCAUCUGCAAACAGCCUUGUAUCCUCAUCAUGGACUCUCUGAGAGGCCCAGCCCGGUCCAAUGUGGUCAAAACCCUCAGAGAGUACCUGGAGGUGGAGUGGGAGGUGCGUAAAGGAGUCGCCAGGAGUUUUGGGAAGGUGGUGAUGAGGGGCUCCAGCCCCCGGGUUCCUCAGCAGGAUAACUUCAGUGACUGUGGAGUUUACAUCCUGCAGUAUGUGGAGAGCUUCUUCGAGAACCCAAUCCCGAGCUUCGACCUGCCGGUGAACCUGUCAGACUGGUUCCCUCAGCUCAGGAUGAAGACGAAGCGUGAGGAGAUCAAGGAGCUGAUCCUGAAGAUCCAGGCCCAGCAGGACCUGGACAGGAAGGAGCUGGACCAGGUGGAGGCUCCGCCCGGUUCUCCUGAGGAGAUUGAAGAGACACCCGGGUCAGACGUCCAGCUGCCGAACUUACCCAUCAGCCCCUGAAUGUGGUCUGAACGGGGUCGUACGCUGCUGGUAGAACUUUUUUCCAUGGGUUCUGAACUCGUUGUGAGAGCUCUGGAACCGAACGGACCGUGUCGUGUAAAUACGUUGCCUUUGGACCGUUUUAAGACUCACUGAUAAAGUUUCCUGUUAACUUAUGUUUCCAUAGAUGUUUGUCUGUGCAGGAGGUUCUGUUGGGCUCCUGCCUCAGUAUUUUUACGUUUUCAGCUUGUUCACAAGGAGAGGAGGACAAACUGAGGAGCUUGUGUGUAUCGUGAGUACUGAGUCCAGCUGUGAGGAGCAGCCGGAGCUGGAGUGUCUCUGCUCUGCGGACUGGAUUCAUUUAUAACAUUAAACAACGUUUAGCUGCAGAAGCUGAUCCUUCGGCUCUUAUUUCUUCUUCUGGGUGUCUGAUGAAGAGAGAGGUUCUGGAAAAAUCAAAGAUCAUGAAUAAACCUGAAAUUAUUGAAUUAA